GCUUUACUGUUCUGCACAGGUUCUGCUUUAUCUUCCACCUCAUGUACAAACUUUGGUGGCGGACACAAAUAGAACUAGGUUUGGAAUAUGGCACUGUGUUACAGAUUGCUGGGAAACAGGCAGUUAUGUGGGAGCUUCGUACGAGGAUUAUAUAGCCAGCCGUGUCGUUGUGUUUCACUGAGAGUAACUCAGUAUGAACCUCCUCCCAGUGAGAGCCACGAUGAGCGAAACGCUAGACUGGGACGGCCGCAGUCACCUCAUCUUACCAUCAUCAAAUACCAGCUGACAACGGUGCUUUCAAUAUCCCAUCGAAUGACAGGACUAGCAUUGAGUGUCUAUAUGACAACGUUGGGCUUAGGUACCCUUGUAUCACCAUAUCACUUCACUGAUUACAUCACUUGGAUACAAGAACUGCACUUGAAUCCAGUACUUAUCGCUGCCACGAAGGCAGUUAUUGCAUUUCCUCUUGCAUAUCACACAUGUAAUGGUGUUCGUCACUUGGUGUGGGAUUUAGGGAAGGCAUUAACAAUAAAAGAAGUCUACUACACAGGAUAUGCUAUGUUAGCUGCAACAUCAAUCGUGACAGCUUGGUUAAUGUCACUGUAAUCUAAAAUACCUCUCUCAUGAAGUGUUUUUGGUGUAGUGUGUUUGAAGACUGUACAACAGUAUUUAUUUAUGAGACCAUAUGUAAAUCAUUAACACUUUUGUGUACAUAACUGCUCCAUGAGUAUUAGUUCAAAUGUUUAAAUACAGAAAUGAAUUCACAUUGUAGUAUUUGGUUGUGUAAAAACUGGCACUGUCCAGAAUAGUAUGUAAUUCAAUAAUAAAAUGUGCAAAAGUCUUUUUUUCUGCUCACAUGGCUUAGGUGCACUGCCUUAAUUGUUUGAAUAAUUGCAUUAAAUUGUAACUGGAUGUAACUGAAAAUACUUUAUGGGUCAUUCUACAUUUAGAAGAGUAUUAUGUGCAGCUUUUUUUAUGAUGUAAAAACCAAUGUGCCUGACACAGAAAACAAUUAGGACAACUAUGUGAAUUUUGUGGAAUGGUGUGUGAAGCCAGUAAAUCAUUACAUAGAAUUGAAAUGAUGUGUUACAUUCUUUCAUUUGCCAAUAUCCAUAAUGUUUUCCAAAAGAGAUAAAUGUGAUGCUGCACCAAAGAAUAAAACUUGCAAAAAAUAUCCUGUUCAAUGUAUUACCAACAGAUGAAUCACUGAAUGCCUUGCAUAAUAUUUUGACUCCUAACAGCGAAAGUGCAAUGUCAAUACCAUUUAAGUGCCAAUUCAGAACAAUGUUGUGGCGUGCGUGUGUGUGUGUGUGUGUGUGUGUGUGUGUGUGUGUGUGUGUGUGUGUGU